GUCUGACGUGUGUGCACAGACUCUCUGAGACACUCCACUAACGAACACCUCCAGCCUCUGCAUCAUUAAACCAACCAGGACUUUUACGUGGUAUCCUCACCGGUACAUUAGCCAUGACUGACCAGGAGACUCCUGACACUGUGGGGAUGCCUGCACCACCUACGGUGCCCACUGUACGCCCCAAACGUGUGUCCCACCGUGGACGCCAUGUGGCUCCACUUGCCAGCUCCAACAAGAUUGACGAGGAAGUCCCUGAGUUUGAGCCUUUCAUGCUUCUGCCCAAAGGGCUUCCACCCCUUAUGGAGUACCUGGACGUCUGGGAUGUGGACAUGAUUAAGCAGCCGCAUGAAGUGAACAAACAAAAGCACCACACCAACCUGUACUCCAACGACUACCUGAUUGUACGUCGGGCCCAGGAGUUUCAGAUCAAGAUCACCUUCAACCGAGCCUACAAGCCUGUGGAGGACAAGUUUGCUGUUGAGUUUGUUAUAGGUGCCAGCCCUCAGUACAGCAAAGGGACCUACAUACCCGUCUUCCCUUCUAAGGAACGGAAGAGCAUAUGGCGUGGUCAGGUCCUAGAGACCUCUGACAACGUUGUUACCAUUGGCAUCAUAACCGCGCCGGACUGCAUCGUGGGAAAGUAUGGGUUGUAUAUUGCUGUGGUUACUCCCUACGGCAUCCGCAGGACAAGAAGAGACCCAAAAUUGGACGUUUAUAUUCUCUUCAACCCCUGGUCACCAGCUGAUGCGGUGUUCCUUGAUGAUGAAGAGGAGAGGGAGGAGUGUGUGCUGAAUGAGUUGGGUGUCAUCUAUCACGGCGCAUAUGAUGACGUGGCCGAGCGUUCCUGGAACUAUGGACAGUUUGAGUUUGGCAUUCUGGAUGCCUGUCUGUUCAUUAUGGAUAAGGGUGACAUGCCCCUCACCAACCGUGGAGAUCCUGUCAAAGUCAGCAGAAAGGCAUCUGCUAUGGUGAACUCACGUGAUGAUGAAGGUGUGUUGGUGGGGAACUGGAGUGGUGAUUACAUGUAUGGUGUCCCCCCCACCUCCUGGACAGGCAGCGUGGAGAUUCUCCGGGACUAUUCAGGAAGUCAGGGAAUGCCUGUCGGCUAUGCCCAGUGUUGGGUCUACGCAGCCGUCUUUAACACAUUCUUACGCUGUCUGGGCAUACCCAGCAGAGUGGUAACUAACUUCUUCUCUGCCCAUGACAACGAUGGCAACCUUAAGAUGGACAUCAUAUUGGAUGACAAAGGCAGAGUGGACAGAAGCCGUACCAGAGACUCCAUUUGGAACUACCACUGCUGGAACGAGUGCUUCAUGGCCAGGCCUGACCUCCCUGAUGGGUUUGGAGGCUGGCAGGUUGUGGAUGCUACACCUCAAGAGACCAGUGAUGGUAUGUACCGGUGUGGUCCUGCUUCAGUGGCAGCCAUCAAAAAUGGCCAGGUCUGCUACCCUUUUGAUGCCCCAUUUGUGUUUGCUGAGGUGAACAGUGAUGUGGUGUUCUACUCCCGCAGUAUGGAAGGUACACUGCAACCGGUGAAGGUGAACACCAAACACGUGGGCCGCAUGGUGCUCACCAAAGCCGUGCUGCAUGACGGACGCAGAGACAUCACUGACCACUACAAGUUCCCAGAAGGUAGUGCAGAGGAGCGUCUGGUCCUGGAGAAGGCUGAGGAGCUUGGUUGUCAGCGGGAGAAGGCUUCUCUUCGUCCAGUGGACAUUGAUGUGGAGAUCCUUGCCCAGGAAGUGCAGCUGGGUGAAACUUUUGACCUGGAGCUGCAGUUCACCAAUCACAGUGCGCAGCAGCAUGUGGUAGACAUCUACAUCAGUGGGACCGUAGUCUACUACACGGGCGUGCCGAGCGCUGAAGUCGUGUUUCAGACACCGACCGUGAAACUGGACCCAAAACAGAGUAAAAAGGAGAAAUUGGUGGUGCGCAGUGAGGCGUACCUGAAAAAGCUGCUGGAAGUUCAGGGGAACCUGCACUUCAUCGCUACUGGGAAGGUCAAAAAGACGGGUCAGAUCAUCACCGCCAUGAGGCUUGUCACUGUGCACAACCCCAGACUUACUGUUAAGGUGGCUGGUUCUCCCAGAGUGGAUGAGGAGAUGUAUGUGACGGUGGAGUUCACCAACCCCUUUAUGUUCAGUCUGGAAAACGUGUAUGUGCGUGUGGAGGGGCCUGGAAUCAUGUCAAUACAAACUAAACAGUACAGAAUCAUUGGGCCAGGCAGCUCUAUAACAUGGACGGAGAAUUUUAGUCCUCGGAGGGCAGGCAGUACAAAGAUGAUGGCCAGCCUUGACUGUGCUGCUCUGAGACAGGUGUACGGCGAGACAGAGGUCACCAUCCAGGAGUGACUCAGACAGGUGUAUGGCGAGACAGAGGUCACCAUCCAGGAAUGAAUGAGAGAGAGAGAGAGAGAGAGAGAGAGAGAGUGAGCGAGCGAGCGAGUGAGCUAAAUGAAGAGUAGUGCCUUGGUCAUGUCAUGAAUACAAUACUGUAUUCCAUAAUCAAAACAUUGUAUUUUGUAACAAGCUACAUGCCUUUGUAUUAAACUGCCCAUAUAUCAUAUACACAUCAUAGCUCACAAGAAGCCUCAAUGUUUAUGUUGAUUAGAAAAAGUAAAAUAUAUAUAUACAGUUGUGUUCAAAAUAAUAGCAGUGUGUUUAAAAAUGUGAGUAAAGCU